AUGGGCCUCUCCAGAAGCAAGUCCAAGCCCAAGACAGGAGAGGAGCAAAGGAAGGGGCCCGCCCCCUCUGCGGCCAGAUCGAAGGACAAGCUGGUGGAGAAGCAGCCCCAGGAAGUCCGGCAGCCGGGCUGGGAGGCGGAGAUGUCUGCGGACGGCACUCGCCGGCCGCCCUCGGCUUUGUCGGCAGACAGACAUACCUACUUUUCCACAUACCUGUACUCAAGGCCUCAUGUUUUCUCCCUUCUAGAGAAUCCUGAUGCCAAACAAAAGUCCAAUAAGAAGAAAUGUGUCAUUCCACGGAUCAUUAUCACUCGAGCCUCAAAUGAGACUCUAAACAGCCGCACUUCUGUGGGAAGUGAGGAGCAGAAAACUAUCCAGGAGCAGGAUGACUGGGGCCUCUACCACCGACACAGGCACCCCAGCACAGUAGAUGCCUAUAAAUUAGAUAGCAAAAACUAA